AUGGGCUCUAUAGCAGUCGCCGAAAGGGAUGAUCGAAGGCAGACAAAUGGCCAGUCUGCAGACAUAGUCUCUAUCGGAGACGCUGACGCCGAGGGAUUUUGGUCUUUCAAGGUCGCCGGGCUUGCUUCCGAUCCAACAAACACUCCCACUGGUCUAAGAGAGGAAUUGUUGCUCCUCGCAUGGCUCCUCGUUCUCCUACGAACCCAAGACGAAGGCCAAGUUUGGUUUGAUUGGGCUUACGAACGUCGAGGAAACGGCGCUCUGGACGAGCCUGUUCCAAAGCGCUUGGUGAUGGAUGAGUUAAUCACAGGGUUGCAAGAUAACAUCGGGCAAGUUGGUGCUAGAAUUGCUCGCCACAUCACUGCAUGUACCCAAACUCAGUUACAUGGAGGCUCUGGCCCUGUUUCGCUCCUAUUGAGCACCAGUUCCCUGUCUCAGACGCCUGAGGAAGCGAGUGGUCAAAGUGCACUGCACCUGCAAACACAAUUUGACGAUGGCCGUCUCAAAAUCCGUCCAGUAUGGCAGACCAAGAACAUGUUGCCAUAUACGAUCACACGACACAUCAUAGCACUGGUCGAUGCCGUCAAAAUGUGCAUUUUGAACCCAGACGGCCCCAUUGAAAGUUUGAUGCGGCCGACAGCAGCUGAUCUGGACGAAAUAUGGAGGUGGAAUUGCCCACUGCCACCAUCCUAUCACUUUUGUAUGCACGAGGUGAUCUCCCAGCAAGCCCAGGUAUUCAAAGACAAGGUAGCAAUCUUAUCCUGGGAUGGCAGCCUGACGUAUGCCGAAAUUGACCAAUAUUCUACAUCCAUUGCCUACUCGCUGAAAGAGAUGGGUGUCGGGUUGCAUGAUGUCGUGCCCGUGUGCUUUGAAAAGUCCAGAUGGACCAUCAUUGCCGUGCUUGCGGCGAUGAAAGCAGGGGCGACUUUCGUGCUGAUGGAUCCUACGCUUCCGCUUGCUCGCCUGCAAACCAUGGCGAAACAGGUCGGAGCGAAGACGAUGCUUACAUCCCGGAAACAACAUGACUAUUCGGCCGCAGUCUUGCCCGAGGGGAAGCUCAUGGUCGUGGAAGAGGACUCAUUCAAGCACGCCUCAUGCUUACAAGUCACGCCAAAUUUGCCAGUCGUACCCCCAUCUGCUCUGAUGUACAUAAUUUUCACUUCCGGAAGCACGGGUGUCCCGAAAGGAGUCUUGAUUUCUCACGAAACAUAUACAAGCAGUGCAAUUCCUCGAGCGGAGGCAGUUGGCUAUACGGAACACUCUAGAGUCCUUGAUUUUGCGUCGUAUGCUUUUGACGUCAGCAUCGACAGCAUGCUUUGCACUCUUUCGAAGGGCGGAUGUCUCUGCAUUCCCUCUGACGAAGAUCGGAUGAACGACUUGAAUGGCGCGAUGCGGAGAAUGCAAGUCACCUAUGCCGGCCUGACCCCUUCGGUGGCCCGCAUAUUGGAUCCGGAUGUUGUGGCAUCGCUUAGCGCCCUGGGUCUCGGAGGGGAGGCAGCCACUGCAAGAGACGUGACACGCUGGGGCCAAGUCACUAGGAUUGUCAUAGGCUACGGCCCAUCUGAAUGCACGAUCGGAUGUACAAUCAACAGCAGCGCGGCCACAGGCAGGGACUAUGUAUCCCUUGGGCGAGGCAACGGGGCAGCUAUAUGGAUCGUCGACCCUACUGACCACGGAAUGCUCAUGCCGGUCGGUGCUGUGGGCGAAUUGCUUGUCGAGGGUCCAAUUGUGGGACAAGGCUACUUAAAUGAUCCCGACAAAACCGCGGCGGCUUUUAUUAGUGACCCCUUGUGGCUCACGGCAGGCCAUAAUGGCUAUCAAGGUCGCCGUGGCCGCCUAUACAAGACUGGAGAUCUUGGGAAAUAUGAUCCUGAUGGCUCUGGUGGCAUUGUCUUCAUCGGGCGAAAGGACACGCAGGUCAAAUUGCGCGGACAACGCGUCGAGCUUGGAGAAAUCGAGUACCAGCUCAAAGCGAGACUCCCUCCAGGCACCAACGCCAUUGCAGAGGUGAUUGUGCCUUCAGGUUCUGGAGGUCAACCUAUAUUAUUGGCAUUCAUUGCAUUUCAGUCUACGAAGGGACAAGAGUCUACCGAUCUACAGUGGGCACGUCCCCCCAAGGAUCUACAGGACAUGCUGUCGGCAGCUGAUGUGGAGUUGGCCAAGGUCCUCCCACGAUAUAUGGUGCCAAGCGCAUAUGUACCGGUCAACUACAUUCCUGUGAUGAUAUCAGGCAAGACCGAUCGCAAAAGACUGAGGCAAUUCGGUGCCACGUUCGACCUUCGACAGUUAGACCAAGGCGCGACUGAGACCGCUCCGCGACAGCUAAGCGAUCUCGAGCAACUUGUGCGGCUGGCCUGGAGCCAGACAUUGCGGCUUGAUCCAGAAACCAUUCGGCCCGACGAUAAUUUCUUUGCACUGGGCGGCGACUCGCUAAUGGCAAUGAAACUUGUUUCUGUUUGUAGAGCUCAAGGACUCGGUGUCACAGUCACGAGCAUUUUUCGCUGCCCUACGCUCUUAGCGAUGGCUGACGUUGUCCAAACUUGCAGCAGCCCUCAAACACGAAUAGAAGCGCCAGCCUUUUCGAUGAUCUCCCAGGAUGCUGAGAGUGCCUGUCUCGAAGCGUCGCAGUGGUGUGGGACCGAACCAGCCGCCAUCGAAGACAUCUACCCCUGCACACCAUCACAGGAAUCGCUGUUUACCUUCUCCAUCAAAUCAACACGAGCGUAUAUUGCUCAGAGAGUUAGUUGCAUUCCCUCACAUAUUAGCCUUGAUGCCUGGAAAAAGGCUUGGGAGGAGGUUGUCGCGGCAAGUCCUAUGCUGCGCACUCGCUUAGUGCAACUCCAAGACCCCGGUUUGCAGCAAGUUGUGUUGAGGGAAAGCAUAUGCUGGAGGUAUUCGACUGAUUUAUCCCAAUACCUUGACGACGACCAGAAUGAGAAGAUGGAACUUGGUCAAAGUCUGGCUCGAUAUGCCCUCGUCGACAACUCAAAGGACGACAAACGAUACAUGGUCUGGACCAUUCAUCACGUGCUCUACGAUGGGUGGUCCGAACCUCUGAUACUCCAGAAAGUCAGCAAUGCCCUGCGGGGUGAGCAAAUCGAGCCACGAGCUGAAAUGAAAGACUUUGUCAGAUAUGUGCGAGACGUGAACGAAGUCGAGGUUCAACAAUUUUGGCGGCAAGAAUUGGAAGGAGCCGUUGGACCUCAAUUUCCGCGUCUGCCCUCCAGAGACUAUUUGCCGACUCCCAACGGCAUGCUUGAACAUCAAUUUGCGCUUGAGACCGACCUUGGAUCGACUUUCACCAUGGCUACAUUGAUCCGUGGAGCAUGGUCGCUCGUCAUGUCACAAUACACAGGGAGCGACGACAUCGUGUUCGGCGAGACGCUCACAGGUCGAGACAUUCCUUUAGCGAAAGUCGAAAGCAUCGAGGGACCAUUGAUCGCGACUUUACCAAUGCGCAUACAUAUCAACCGAACGAGCUCUGUACAGUCUUACCUACAAACUGUACAGGAAGCCGUCCUUGUGCGCACACCGUACCAACAUGUUGGAAUGCAGAACAUCAGAAAGGUUAGCAGGGAUGCUCAACAUGCAUGUGAAGCCGGUACGGGCCUGGUCAUCCAACCCGAACCAGAGUACGUGGGCGCCGAACUUGGGUUUGAGCAGACGGAUAUCUUACAUGAAGCGCUACAUUUUAAUCCGUAUCCACUCAUGUUGGCCUUUGGAACGCGCAAAGGUGGUUUGAGGGUCUGCGCGAGCUUUGACACCACCCUGAUUGACAUCGCACAAAUGCAACGAGUACUCGCCCAGGUAGAGACGGCCUGCUUGCAGUUGAUGCAGGAUCACUCCCGGAGAAUAAACGAGAUUUCCUGUCUGCCUGAAACGGAACUCGACCAGAUCUGGCGUGCGAACAAGAUUCCUCCAUUGUCCUUGGACAGGUUAUCCGGAAGGCUUCGAGCAGAUGCAAGUAUUGAUCCAGGGUCAACGUAUCCUCCUGCGGUGGUCCCUUGGGUCUGUAACCCACAAAAUCCGUCCCUCUUGUCGCCCAUUGGCAGUAUUGGCGAGCUUUGGCUUGAAGGGUCUUUCUUUGCAGCUGAUACCACUUCGUCUCCCCCCUGGCUUCUGGCUGGAAGCUCUACUUGUGCUGGUCGAUCCGGGACAGUGCAAUCGACGGGCGACUUGGUUCAGUUACGAGACGACAGCAGCUUAGUUUUCGUUGGUCGAAAGGAGAAUCGCUCAACGAUUCAAGGUCAUGUACUGGACAUCGCAGAACUCGAAGCUCAUGUCACAAAUCAUCUUCCACCGACAACCCGCGCCGCUGUGGCCGCAUUCCCACCGCCGCUGGAAGGGAAUCAACAGUCAGCCGAGCAGGAAUUGGUCGUUUUUGUCGAGCAACAGCCCUCUCAGGAAGAGCAUGUUCCGCUCAUGGAAGCGAACCAUGAGAUCACGUACGUGGCCGCAGGGUCAUCCAGAUCAAACCUGACUAUCUGUGCUACGGUUCACUACGGCCUUGCUGUUGCCCUUAGAAAGCUCGACAAGUUCAUCCAAGACUCCCUUCCGCCGUACAUGUUCCCGUCUGCGUAUAUUGUGGUUGACAAAAUACCGACUGAGAUGGGUCGAGUCGAUCAUAACAUGUUAAACCAGCUGGCCGCUAGAAUUCCCAGGUCUGUCCUCACCACCCUACAGGAAAACUUGAAGGAGGCAUGGAAGAACACUACCACGCAAACAAGCUUGACCACCCCAGAGAACAUUGUGCGGUCUGCCUGGGCGAGGAUUCUUGGUAUCAGUCCAGACAAGAUCGAUCUGGACGACAACUUCUUCCGCCUCGGAGGGGACUCUGUGCUGGCCAUGAAGUUGGCAUCGAGUCUCCGGGUUCAGGGACAUACUUUGACAGUGGCCGACAUCUUCCAGAACAUGAAGCUUCGCGACGCGGCCAGGGUGUUGAAAGUGGACCAGGUGUCCAUGGAGAAGAGGCCGGAUUACAAGCCAUUCUCGACACUGGACGGAGUGGACGUUGGCAUGUUCUUGUCCGACGUUGUGCGACCGAAGCUAGCUGAUCCACUUUGGUUUAUUCAAGAUGUCCUGCCAGUAACAGAGUCUCAAGCGAUCGACGUCAAGGCAACAAUUCAGGUUCCACGAACAUCCAUCCAGUACACCAUGUUAUACUUUGAAAAAGGCGUCGAUCUGGACAAUCUGACCCGCGCCUGCAACGAGCUGGUCACGAUCCACGACAUUCUGCGCACAGUCUUUAUCGAGCAUGAGUCGCGGCUCUUUCAAGUUAUUCUGGACAAGCUGGAGUCUCCGAUGACCAUGCAACAUUCUGAAAGUGAUCUUGAACAGUUCGUCGUCGCGCUCUGCAACGAAGACAUAGAAUCAGAUAUGCGCCUCGGGUCACCUUUCCUCAAGAUGUUCCACGUCCAGGGGCCGGACGGCCAAGGGUGCCUCAUUAUCAGACUCUCACAUGCUCAAUACGACGGCAUCUCCUUGCCCAAGCUGCUUCGAGACUUGGAGACCAUAUACACAGGAGGAACCGUUGCCGAUUUCAAGCCGUUCUCCGCUUACAUGGCACGACUUUGCAAUGAACACGACAAGAAACCGGCACUAGAUUACUGGCGCAACCUUCUGCACGGCUCCAAAUUGUCGAUUUUGGAUGGACCGUCAGCACGGCACGCCUCAAAAUCGAUCUUCCUCACCAAACCUGUCGACGCUUCCCAUCGUCCCACGGAGAUCACAACAGCGAGUCUACUGACCGGGGCAUGGGCACUCGUCCUGGCUCGCCGUCUCCAGCAACCAGAUGUGACAUUUGGCUGCAUCACUUCCGGCCGCAACAUGGACAUGCCCGACGUGGAGAAAGUCAUGGGUCCAUGCUACCAGUUCACACCGGUCCGCGUCCCAUUCGAGGCUGGAUGGACGGCCAUGGACCUCCUCCGCUUCGUCCAGAAACAGGGUGCAGAGUCGGCAGCCUACGACUUUGUCGGGUUUGGAGAGAUUUUCAAAAGCUGUAACACGCAAUGGUCGUCGCCACAGGAGGAGGAGCAGUCGUCACCGUCAUCGUCGCCAGAGUCGUCGUUGUCGUCAUCAUCGUCAUCACCGUCACACUUCUUCUUCGACUCUGUCGUCCAUCACCAGGAUUUCGAGGACUACGACAGCAUGCCCUUUGCGGGAGGGGCUUGCAAGGUGGCGAUCCAGAACCCACACGGCGACGCGGCUCAUCCGAUCAAGGCCGUCUCGUUUGUUCAGAGCGGGCAGACGCAUGUCGGUGUUGUCGGAAGUGAACAUGAUCAAGCCUUGAUUGAAGCCCUCCUCGUGGAACUGGCUGCAACGGUCGAAGAAAUUUCUACCCAUCAACCAGAGAUCCUUCGGCUUAAUUAA